GUCAGCACUUGGCGCUGGUCGUCCUGGGAGUUAGAGCGAUAGGAGCAGACGCCACUCCUGAGGUAACAAACAAGACAGCAGGGCCCCGCUCACCCGCGCAAGAUGUGGGCCCCAAUACACAUGCGUAAGAUAUUUGUGGGCGGCAUUGACUACACCACCACAGAUGAAAGCCUAAAGGAACACUUCUCUCAGUGGGGAGAAGUGGUUGAUGCUGUUGUCAUGAAAGACCCAACUAACAAUCGGUCUCGAGGCUUUGGAUUUGUGACCUUCAUGAACCCAGAUCAUGUAGAUGCCGUGCAGAAAGCACGGCCUCACAAAGUGGAUGGGCGUUUGGUGGAGACUAAACGAGCUGUUCCCCGCAGUGAUACCAACACCACCAUCCUCCCAACCACCAACCACCCUGAUGCAACUCAUACUAGGAUUUUUAUUGGUGGUUUACCUCAGGAUGUGAAGGAAGAUGACUUGGAAACAUAUUUUGCUCAUUUUGGUCGUGUGACGUGUGUCAACAUAAUGUAUGAUAAAAAUAGUGGUCGGCAUCGUGGGUUUGCUUUUGUCGACUUUAAUGACUAUGAUCCUGUUGACAAAGUAUUGUUAACUCGCAAUCACUCCAUUAAGGGUCGACCAAUAGAUGUUAAGAAAGCAAUCAGCAAGUCUGACAUCAGUAAAAUCAAAAGCUUAAUGUCUGGUGUUGUGGGUGGCCCUGAGGCAAGCUUCCUCGCCAGUUUAGGAGGAGGCAGCUCCAAUGAUGGCACUCCUGCCACCACUCCACUGCCUCCUCCCAUAGGAACUCUUCCAGCAAUCCCAGGACCAUCUGGUGCAGCUGCCAUCAAUGGCGCUGCUCUGGGACGUGUGACAGCAGCAACAUCAAUGAACAAUGCAGUUACAACCACUGCUGGCCACCCAGGACUAGUACCACCAGUAGCACAGUUAGCACACCCUUUCUUCCCUCGACUCCCUUUGGCUGGUCUUCCAGGCUUCUCGGCUCAGCUGCGGUCUGGAUGGCAGUACAGUGUUUCCGGCAAUGCUGAAGUGCUCAGGAACACAGCAGGAGCAGUAAGCAACCGACCUUCAGGAGCUCCUGCUGUUUUGGCUGCUGCUGCCCCAGCAGCUGCUGCUGGAUCAUCUGUACUUGGAGGAGCGGAGAGUGAUGGAGAGUCAGAGUCAGCAGAUGACCAGGUGAUGGACACAGAGGACGGAGCAAGUGAGGCGUGGGGAGGUGCUGGAGUAGAAGACACGUGUCCGCCUAAUGCGCGUAUACUCAUUAUUGAACCAUUCUAUGGAGGAUCUCACAAGCAGCUUAUCACAUGUCUUAGAAAUGAUGAGUCUGUGAUUGGGAGUGAGGAUGCAGCACUGUUCACCCUUCCCAGCAAGAAGUGGCACUGGCGGGCACGCACUGCUGCACUGUACUUCUACCAGAAAAUACCUCUCACCCAUGACUUUAAGACUUUGUUUGCUUCCUCUACACUUAACCUAUGUGAGCUGGUUGGUCUGCGUCCAGACUUAGGCAGACUACGAAAAAUAUUGUACUUUCAUGAGAACCAACUUGUUUACCCCGUCCGGAAGCAGAAGGAUCGAGAUUUCCAGUAUGGAUAUAACCAAAUAUUAUCUUGCCUGGUAGCCGAUGUAAUCGUAUUCAACUCGCAAUACAACUUUGAAUCCUUUUUGCGUGAACUUCCCCGUCACCUCAAACUGCAGCCUGACCACCGGCCUGAUUCUCAGGCUAUCACCCAGACCAUCAGGGAUAAGAGUCAGGUAAUCUACUUCCCAGUAAACAUCUCUCACAAAACUCGUUGCCCCAAGGAUGCCCUGGAACCCCUUCACAUCAUCUGGCCCCAUCGCUGGGAGCAUGACAAGGAUCCAGCCACCAUGUUUCAAGUUCUCUUUCAACUAGCAGAAGCAGGAUUGAAUUUCCGUGUAUGUGUUUUGGGCCAGUCUUACACAGAGAAUCCCCCGGUGUUUGUCGAGGCUCGUCAGCGACUUUCAAAUUUCAUCACACACUGGGGUUAUGCAGAAAGCAAGGAGAAAUAUUGGGAAUUGUUGCACUCAGGAGAUGUGGUAGUGUCAACAGCGCACCAUGAGUUCUUUGGUGUUGCCAUGUUAGAAGCAGUUGGGGCCGGUUGCUUCCCAAUAUGUCCCAACAGACUGGUUUACCCAGAAAUUUUCCCUCAGGAGUGCCUGUACAAUACAACACAGCAACUUCAGAAGAGCCUUGCCCAGUGGUGUACGCGCCCACAGUUGGUUCGUUCUAAAAAGGUCAACUUGGAUCUCAAUACCUUCUCGUGGGCAACCUUAAAGCAACGCUAUGUCAACCUGCUGUCAUAAAAGAUGAUGAGGGUCACACCGCACUCACAACAAAACUCCUGUUUUCCUAAAGAUGAGGCCUUAAGACAGGAAUGGGUUCGGGCAACAAGACGUGAAAAUUUUGUUGCAUCUAAGCAUACACGGCGGUGCUCAAAGCACUUCAAGAGACGAGGACAUAGACCGAACACCUUUAUCAUAUGUUUGGCUUUGUAGUGGAGCUGUUCCUAGUAUAUUUGAAGCUUUUCCCAAACAUCUACAGAAAAAUGUUGCAAUGAAAAGAAAAUCUCCAGCUAAACGUAUCCCUUCUGUGGUUCACAGUCGAGGUAAAGAUAACUCUUCCUCAUCAGCUUGCAUCAACGAAACUACAUUAACUGAACCUAUUUCACGUGAAUAUGACACGCUAAAAAGAAAACUUAGUCACAGAGAAGCUCGGCUUGUUGCCUCAAGAAAGAUAAUCAAGGUACUACAACAGCCUAAAAAUCAUCUCAAAAAGAAAAACAGUGAUUUAAAAAAGGUAAUAUCUGAGUUAAAAAGAAAGUGUCUGAUUAGUGAAGAAAGCUUAAGUGUAUUAGAAAAUUGUGCUGGUGGUGUAUCAGAUUUUUAGAGGCAAGUUACAAAGCACAUUGGGCAACCGACUGUUACUACUUAUUCACCUGAAUUGUGAAGUUUUGCUUUGACUCGAAACUUUUACUCUCUUCAUGCUGGCAGCGGGCUCUUGGCAACCGGAGUAUGGCGGCAGCGCGGUUGGCUGGCUUCACUCCCGACAGCGCUACACACCGCUCAUGCCGCCUCCACCCUUAUUCUACCUCCAUGUCUACUACACAGUAAUUUAUAACUAUCAUAUACUACACUAUAAUUAAAAAAUUAUGACUAUCAUUUACUAUACAAUAAUUUAUAACUGUCAUCUACUACACUAUAAUUUAUAACUAUCAACUUGUUAUAAAUGUGAGUGUUUGCUCUUGACUUUGGCCCCCCAGCUUGGUAUAAAUGUGUAGGUAUACCUGGUUUUAUCAUCAUGGUGGGAUACCAUAACAACUUGUGUAUGUGUAUAGUCUUACCCAGUGUUUCUGCCUGGUGAAUAUAUAUUUCACAACUUGUAUACUUACGUUGUUGUCCUUGAUGCAAAACUUAUACAUGUUCUACUUAAGGCAGUGUAUACUUAAUAUUUCCCCCGUCCAAAAGCUUUGAGGGAUAUAGCAGUGUCAGAUAGGUUUUCUGUUCAAUAAGUUUCCAUAGACUGUAUGAAUUGAUUUCAAAUUUUUUUUGAAAGAAUACUGUAGCAGGUUCUUGUCUAGAAUAAUGGAAACUGUUGCUAACAUAAGUGAUUUUAGAAUUAUAAAAAAUUUUGACAGCCAGGGAUGUGCUAUUUCCAGUGGCUGUCAUUUGCUUUGAGGUUAAGCCUUGAUUUAUAUGUGUAUGUGUGUAUGUGUGUGUGUGUUAUGUCUUAACAGAGGGGAGAGUCUUUGUAAUGAAACUUCACAUUUAGUUAUAACACUUAGCUAGCCAUCACUACACUGGGGAGUAGGGAACCUUAAUGUGUUGCCUGUUAGUUUAUUUUUGGAAUUUAAGUCAAAUGAUUAGGUCCUAAUUACAAGAGGUCCCAUUUAUAUGAGGGCUUUAUUAUUAUCUUAGGUCCUAAGGAUGUUAAUCUCCUUAGUACAGCAUAUUAGUUCAUGGAUUUUCUAGAUGUUGAUUAUGCCUGGUUGUACAGUAGUUGUGUUAGGUCCUGGUUAUGUUUGGUCACAAUUAUGCCAGGUUAUAGUUAUGUUAGAAUAUAAUUAUGCUAGGUUCUAGUUAUGUUUGGUCAUAAUUUUGGUAGAUUAUGAUCUUACAAGUUCGUAUUCAUGGUACAGUAAUUUAUAUUCUGUCAAGACCAAGUGUUUGGCAUAGCAGACUGGGUAGGUUGGGUACAGGUAGAACAGAUGAUGCUUUAAUUAUCAUUACAUAAUGUUUUACAGGGUGGAACUUCCAACUUGUGUGAACUAAACUAUGAGUCAAAAUGUAAAGGGAGAGAUAGUUUUGAAAAGCAAAUACCUGUAGCAAAAUUAGCCAUGCAAUGGUGAAUUCAUUGCAAAAACUGCUUUACUAAUUUUAUAUUUACUUCAUACUAGCAGGAAUCAUCUAUCUCAAAAUAUGAUGUUAUUUUGCCCUCUGGAUUUUUUUACUGAGUACAGUAUUAGAAUUUAGAAAUUUCCUGGUGUGUUAAAAAUAUAAAAGGUGUAGCAUUGCCAAGUAUAAUGCACUAAGAAUUGUAUACUUUAUCUUGAUUAGAUUUUGGUUCCUAAUGCACUAAGAAUUGAAUAUGGCAAAUUUUUUACCAAAUUUAAAUAUCUGCAGUUGAUAAUACAUGUACAGUAUUGUUUACUUUCUACAGGUAUCCCUAGAUAGUAGUUUUUAUCAUUUUGGUAAAAUAGUUUUGUUUUUUUAUGGAUCAACAAUUUACUGUUGGAAGUUAAUGGGAGGGUUUUAUCAUGUAUACAACAUUUUACAGUGAUUGAAGACCUUGUAUACAGGAGGGUGUAUGUAUAUGUGCUCAUGAUUCUGGCAAGAUUGUAUUAUAGCAGGGCAGGGCAGGGCAGGGCAGGUAAGAUAAAGAAUUCAACACCAUUCACUGAUGAGUUAGAAUUAGAAUACUCAGUAAUUGUAGUUAUGAAUUACUAAUAGAAGUGAAAACAUUACCAUAUAGUACAACCUUAAAUAGGGGAAGUGGGUAAAGGGAAUAGGGAAUGUGAACAAAAUAUGUAGUGUACUAUGAUUAUAGGGAGGCCAGGAGGCCCUUCUAUUGUGGCGAUCCCCAAGGAUGGGAACUGUAUGGGAGGGAGUUUCAUAUAUAGUACUGUAAAAUGUGGGUGUCAUACUUCAUGACUCUAGAUGAUCCCCAAAAUGCCUUUUAAACAAACUUAAAUUCAUGUGUGGAAUGCAGCUAGUUCUUCAGGAAUAAUUGACAAUUAUUGCAAUUUCAGUUAAAUAGUAAGACAUACAAGACUUGUAUAGAUUUUUUAAAGACAUUUAUAUAUAUAAACUCUAAACUCUAUUGAUCCUAUGUUUGUGGGAGUUGAAGAUACUGUACUUCUUUUGAAAAUUGGCAUGGUAAUUUAGUUUGGUCUCUCCUUGUUUUAUGUCUCUCAGGAGUAUUUUAAACAUGUUGUGCAUAAGAGUUAUGACCCACCUGACCUACAACAAGGAGGUGGUGCAACUCUCAUGUAAAGAAUACUGGAAUGGUGUUAAUAGAUACUCAUGAUAUCCACAAAGUUGAUAACAAGGGUUAAAAAAAAUGGUAACUAUAUCAUUUGUGACCUCAUUUGCUUAAUUUUUCCAUAGUUGGAUUUUAUUAUCACUUGUAACCCCAAAAAAUUUCCUGUCUUCCUAAAAUACUUAAAUUGGAAUAUUAUUAGAAAAACCUUUGACAAGUGAUCUGUAAGAUUAUAGUGCAUUAUAGAAGAAAGACUGAAGGGAAACCAGGUAGUGAAGGUCACAUUAUUAUUUAUAUACUGUACUGCAAUUGAUCAGAGGAUUACCUCAAGAGAAUGCCACAAUUGUUUUUGUUUGUUUGUUACCUUAAGAUGACAUUAUUGGAUGGUUAGAACCAGCCUUGAUGGUGUAAAUUUGGGGAAGGAAACACUUUUGUUUGUCAUUGUUUGAUUGGUGAUGCUGUGCCAUGAAGCUGAGGAAGCAGGAGUUUUUGAUGCCUUACCACCACUUAUCUCUCAUAUCAAACACUUAAUCCAAAUGCUUAUGGGAAUCUCCCACAGGAAUAUCAUUUUCAUCUUUACUCACUUUCUUAAUGGACUUAGGUGUUCAUGUGGAGGGAUUUUUGCUUCAGUGUACUGUAUUUAAUAGUACUGUACUGUUUUCUAUAGUUUGUAAAGUAUAUCUAUUUUUAAUGGUUUAAUCAUUAAGUGGUGGUCUUAUAAAUACAACCAGUUCUUGUUCUCUUGUAGAAGGCUUUUAACUCUUUCUAACAUUUGUGUAGGUUUAUCUCUCUAUCCCAAUUAGAUUGGGAGGUAAAGAAAAGGUGUAAAAUAUUAAUAUAAGAUGGCAGUGGUCUGCUAGCCUUAACUUGCCACUAUUUAUAGUCAAGAACGACACCAAUGAUUUUUACAGUGAAUAUGUAAUAGUAGAAAAAUAUUAGUUAACUUUUUAACUCCUCCCUCAUUGCAUGCUCUAUUAAUUCCACUUAUCUUGUACUAUUGCUGUAAUACAUAAAUAUGCCAGCUGGACAAUGGAGUGUCAUGAGGAAGGGUUAAGUUUAAGUGGACAAGGCAACACAUGAUGUAGUUCUUGAGUAGAGGUUGCCAGAGUAUCCUAGCUGGUGGUGUUAACUUAUGUUGUGUCAUUUGUCACUAGUGUCCCAGCUGUACUGUUGGCUUCCCCAUAAAGGCAUAUAAAAAAAAUAUUUGGAAGCUUGUGUGGCUAACUUCCAUGGAAGCAGGUCAACAGCAUCUAUAAUGUUUAAUAUUACAACACUAAGAUGACAGAUGUACCAUAUACAGUGCUUCCUUUUGAACAAACAGGUGACAAUUAUUGACAAAUUCAGUUCCUGACCAAUUAAUUACUGCAGUAACUCUAAAUCAUAAACACCAGUGUUAUUUCUCACACCUGCAGAUUUACACUGAUUGGCAUAUACAGUACAGUAGAGAUCUUACAAAAUUAUAUUUCAUAAAUACCUCCGCAGAAUAUAUUGUUACAGCACUUGUUUUAGUGACUGAUUGAAGUCUGGCACUGUUUAUUUUGUCCACUGUACCAUGGCUACUGUGCCCCAGGGAUACUGUGUCCCAUGGCUACUGUGUCCCAUGUUUACUGUGUCCCAUGGCUAGUGUACCAUGUUUACUGUGUCCCAUGGCUAGUGUACCAUGUUUACUGUGUCCCAUGGCUACUGUACCAUGUUUACUGUGUCCCAUGGCUACUGUACUUGCACUGUGGCCACUCUGCAUCAUGGCCAUUGUACCAUGACCAUUCUGCACCAUGACCACUCUGCAUCAUGGCUAAUCUGCAUCAUGGCCACUGUACCAUGACCACUCUGCACCAUGGCCACAGUACCAUGACCACUCUGCACCAUGGCUAAUCUACAUCAUGGCCACUGUACCAUGACCACUAUGCACCAUGGCUAAUCUGCAUCAUGGCUAUUUUUUAUCAUGGCCACUCUGUGCCAUUGCCACUCUGUACUUUGGCCACUGUGCUAGGGCCACUCUGUGCCAUUGCCACUCAGCACUAUGCAGUCACUGCAGCAUGACUUCAGUGCACCAUGGCCUCUCCAUAAUGGCCUGAUGGUGAUUGGAGGUAUACUGAAAGCUCUGAGAGGUUAGUUUGAUCUUAUGCCUGGGGUUCUCUCUCUGCUAAAUAAAAUCAUCUGGUGUUAGCUAAAUGAAAUAAUAAAAGUGGCAUCCCCAUAGUGAAGGGGUUAAUGGUGUUGUGUGCACUGAGGUCAUCAGUCUGUCAUGUCAAAGCCUCAGACUAAACUUGGCUUCUCAUCCACUGUGUGUAACCCCCCCCCCCUACACACACACACACACACACACACGCUAGAAAUAAGAAAAUAAUAAUUUAUGGUCAAAGGUGAUUUUAUGAUCUGCUGAGAACUAAGAGUAAUUUGCCAUCCUGGGAGGAGGAGAAUGCGAACUGUACUAACUCAUGUGCCAUGAUUAUGUACUUAAGGCUUUCCUUUAUAGGAAGUCACAUGUUUCAGUAAGGGUCCUCCACAAUUUUUUUUUUAUUAAGAAUUUUUGGUAAUGGCCAUAACAGUGAAUAUAGAAAGUGGCUUAACAGUAAUAUAGAAAAUUUAGCGAUCAUUUUGAUGAUGACAGUUUAUGGAUACCUUUAUGGAUACCUUAUCAUAGGUCAGCAGCACUCAUUUAGUUACCCAAGUUAUUAGACAGUCAGUCUACUGAUUAUUAUGUGUAUGAAAAAAAAAAGAGAGGAGUUUUGUUGUAUGAACAUUUUCUAUAGCCUAAGGUUCUUUAUAACCUUCACGUACUUUGUAAUGUAGAUUUGUUGUUCAUUGUCUUAAGAAGUAGUAGGUAAAAGUGAAUGUACUUAUAAAUAUUAUACUAAGUAGUCUCAGUUAGAAAGUACUGAGUGUAUCAUGUGCUGACUGGGUGGAGACAUACAGACACCCUCGCUCCCCUCUCGUCAUGCUAUAUCAGUGAAAAACUAUAAGAGAGGUAGAGUGGCUGAUGCCUAGCUGACACAGUGAGCACGGGGAUACCUGAAUGUCCUGCCUUGGUACGCACACUAUGUAGUAUAGUUAGAUUCUAAGACACCCGUAGGCAAGUCUUAGGUUGGUAGUAUUGUCGAGAUCCUAAUACUGUAGUUAUAAUUUAUUAUGGGGCAGAAAGUUACAGUGACAAGUGUUAAGUAUAAAUCUAAAAGUCGAUUGUUUAUGGCUGUAGAGUGACUGAAUAUAGAUUGGGUUGAAUGAAAUUGAUAAUUACUGUAUACUGACUUUGACCAUCAUGUUCUGUGAGCAUGACUAAAGUGAGGUGAAUGUUUUUGAAAAUUUUAUGCCACUCGGGUUGAUUGAAUGAAUGUGUUGGUUGUUAUAACAUCUUAUUAUGCUUGUUUAAGUUAGACUGUAGCAUUGAUUAAGUAUGGUUGUGGGAAUUGUAAAGGACAAUUCUCGGGGUAGGUAGAGUAUGGAUAGAUUUGGUUGGAUGUACCUUUGACAUUGAUUAGAGUGUUAUUGGUUAAGUGCCUGUGUAGUAUUAAGUGUGACUGUCAUAUCAGUAGGUCAUUUGUAUUACAGUACCGCAUAGGUUUGGUUAGAUAUGAGUAAUUUGGUUGAUUGUGACUGUCAAAUUGUUCAAGUGUAAUAGUGCAGUUAUGAAUUAUUAGGAUUGGUCAUGUGUUACUGUACAGUUUGUUUGAGUUGAGUACAAUUGGUUGUGUGAUACUGACAUUUAUGUACUGUAGAGUAGUACGUUGAAUUACCAGACAGGAUUGUCCAUGAAUUAUUUUUCUUCUGAAUUACCACCAGAGUUGUAACACUAGAGUGAUUAUUGUGUAACAAGCUGGCUCAGUGUUGCAUGAGAAGUUACAUUACAUUAUUUCAGGAUUUGUAGUUGUUCAGGUUAGUGGUGCACACCUAUCAAACAUUUUUAUUUAUUUUUAUUUUUUUGAAAAAUCAUGCUUUGUUAUAGAUGUUUUAUAGAAUCAAAAACAUAUCCUUGCUAAAAUAACAUAUAAAUAAAGAAAGUGUAUGGAAACAAAUAGAAAACUGGCAGAAUAUGUCUGUGUUUGCCUUAUAUAGUAUCCAUAUUUUCACGGUCUUCCAAAAUUGUUGUGGCAAGUUCUGUAAUUCAUUAUUUUUGCACAACAGCAAAUACUUUGUGUGAGUAAUGUAAGAAUACUUUGUUUAAUAGCUGUGAAUCAUUUAACUGAACAUCUGGAAGUCUUGAAACGUGACAGAGGUGAGUACUGUAACAUAACUUGAGUCUUUGUCAAGCAUCUGCCCUUUUCAGUUAGAUUAUACUGUGCAAGUUUUUUUGUAUAGGGAGGGAAGGAGGGGUGUACUGCUUCGGUAGAAUCAAUGUUUUUCCAUUGCAGUAUUUCUGUUGCAGACCAUUACUGUACAGGUACAGUAUAUGCAAUAAUCAGGCUGGUAAAGUGACGUACUACUGUUGUGUGAUGAGGAAUGGUUGAUUGUGGCUGUUGAGUGUGAACUGUUUGGUUGAGUAAUACUUGAUGGCUUUCUCUUUCUUGGCUCUAUGAAAUAUUUUCAUUGUAUAUUUUGAUGAUGAUUGUGAAGGUAUUGGCCUGGUAAUGUUGCAGUGUUGUAAAUUUACUCAGUUGUGUUGCAUCACUUCAACCAAGUUGAGAUGUAGUGGGUGACAUCUUGGAUAGAUCAAAAGCCAGUAAUGUCAUUUGUCCAAAAGCCUGUGUAUUGUUUUACCUGUAGUCAUAGACUAACUCCAGCUUCAUUCCUGCUUUACAUCUGCAUAAAGCAGAAGAGAAGAGAGUCAUUUAUUCACUCGUGUUGCCAUCGUUGAAAGUAUAUGAAUAGCUUAUGGUUAUCAUGUUUUGUGAACAUUAAAUGAAUGUAACAUCUUGGCUUGUUGAUGCCUCUAUGAAUGUUGAUUAUAAAUAGAUAUUGAAAGUGAAGUGUCCUGUGUUGGAAGAAGCAGGAGAAUGUUAGUCUGUGGCUCAUUAAAAAAACUUUGAUAAUUAGUAAACAUGAAUCAUAUGAUAUACAGUACAUAUAACUGAUCAGGUGUCAUUGUAAGCCCAUUUAUAUAGGGACAAGAUUUCCCACCUUGAAGACAAUUUUGUUGCCCCUCUUGUAUGUACUUAACAGUCAUCAUGCAGUAGUUACAUUCCUAAGCUUUGUGAAUUCUUAUAUAAAGUCCGUUUUAUUACUGUAAAAGAAAGUUCUGACCACUAUUAUGUCGAACAACCAUUUGUUCCUUUGAAUUCUGGAGCAGUCAUAUGUUAAGUCUCCUAUCAUUUAUGAUGUACUAAGUGUCAGAGGAAUUAUUUUUGGACAGUCAGGACAUGGUAACAGCAGUAGUGUCUCACACUCACCUCUGCUCCCAUCAUCCUGCUGGCUAACAAGCCCAUCAUUAAUCAACAAAGGUUAGAAAAAGCUUUCCCUUCAUUGUAAAUUUGUUACGAAAAAUUUGUCUUUUGCUCCGUACUAUAUUAAUGUUCUUUGUUGUUUAUUUUCUCACUGCUAUUUAAGAAUUGCUCGUCUAGCUUUGUAUUUUAUUUAAUGUGGUAGUUGGCCACCAUGUUGCCGUGGCGGUGGUUGUGUAUUAGUGUAGUAUUAUCAGAGUUACACGUCGUCCACAUAAUGUGCUUCAGCUAGUGAGUUGAUCAUUAUUGUAAGAUGUUUGUCUCAUACAUGACUAUAUCUUUUGCUUCUUUAUCUUAUUCAUGGUUGUCUGGUCUACAAUGUGGAUGAUAAGAUUACAGGUGAAACAUUAUUGUAGACUGGCUUAAACUUUGAGAGGAUCAUAAUUUUGUUUCCUUAUUGUUCUCUGCAAUGUUUGCUUUUAAACUUGUCAGUGUGUUGCAUAUAAUAUUUCUAUCUAAAAUUGAUUGGAGUAACCAUAGAAAAUUUCUUGAAUAAUUUUUGUAUGGUGUGGAGGAAGUAUGUCCAUGUUGUGAGAGAAGUUUACUAGGUGAGGAACAUAUUGUGUCACUAGUUACUACUGAACUAGGGUAGGCAACACAGCUGAAGGAGUAGACUAGUAAAGGACCUUUGGUAGAUGUUGCAGUGUAGCUCAUAUAUUUUGGUUAAUAAAUAUCAGUAUAUUUAA